AUGCCUACGUCGAGGAUUUCGCAAUGAAAGUGAUAACUGAAGGGGGUGCAGACAAGCUUGCUCGCAUGCUGGUGCGCAUGCCAGACAAACAGGUGGCGCACCUCGUCACAUCACAAUCGCUGACACAGCGAUCCGGAUAUAUCGAGAGAGGCAUCAAUCAUAAGCUAGUGAGAGGGGCUUGUGAACGCCUGGACAAUAUGGUGAUGUGGGUCCUAGAGGCAACGAUGGGGCUCAGAGAUACCGAAGACGAAGAAGUGUUCUUCCAAGACAACCGCCAGCCUGACCGCUUCAAGUUAAAGCCCUAUCAACAAGCCCAGGCGCGCCUGUCGACAGGAGCCGGAGGACUAGGAUCACAGGCAGCCGUUAUGCGAAGGUUCUCAGCUUCUCUGGGUAACCUAGUCGGCACCCUUCCUGCGGUUAUAGCCGCGUUACGGGGUCCAUUGGGAGAGUCGGUGGGAGUUCGGAUACUGGGAACCGUGUUGGUGGAGCGGAUGGGGGACGCUAUCAAAGAACUCAACCAGGAGCAUGGAGUAUCGGUGGAGAUUCUGAAGGGGAUCCUUCCCCCGUCAUGAGUUGAGUGGGCCUUAGAACCGCCAGGAGA